UUUCGUUUGUUUCAUUUGCGACGUUCAUCUCCACUGCUGUGGCUUCUCUCCAAAGAACGAGCCAGCAUCAUGGAUAAUGCCGUAAAUUUCUUGACGCAGAACUGGGAGUAUGGGGCAGAGGUGUGCCUUGCCGCGUUCGCUCUUUUCCACUCUGCAAGGGUGAGGAAGAUCGAAAAGGACAGCGGCAAGCAGAUGUUCUGGGCGGAGUCCUUGGUCAUGACCUACAUGAUGGCCUUCGGAGGCGGCAUCCUUGCCCCGUUCCUGCUCGGCAAGCCGCCCGUCAUGCUCGUCAACGACCUGAUAGUCCCGCUGGUGGCCGUCUGCUGGUUCGUGUCCAACAGGGCGGAAGGCCCCAUCUUCGCGUUGAUGAACACCCCCAUCAUGAAGCAGGUCAUCCUCGUGCUCUCGGAGGUCUUCCGCGCCAACUCCAUGUGCGAGAUCGUCGUCCUGUCCAACUCCAUCCUCAAGCCUGGCAAGCACUACCCCAUCGCCCUGUGGGGCCCGAUACUUCUCGGAACGGUGGGCGGGUGCGGCGGACUCUUCCUGCCCCUCGACAAAGGCAUCAAGGAGUUGAAGAACGGCGCUCCGUGGUCGCUUCAGUCAGCCUUCUACGGCUCCAUGUUCUUCAACCUCUUCGUCUACGACCCCAACGUCGGACCAUACCUGCGCGACGCCGCCGCCCUCUUCCUGGAGGGAGACCUGGUCGUGCAGGGCAGGGCGAUCGUCGCGGGGUUCCUGUGCGUGGUCGCGCUCGCUCAGACCCUCAUCAGCCCGGCCUUCAACCCCUUCACCCCCGUGCACAAUUUGGUGUACACGGUGACCGGGGUGCCCAACCCGGAGGCAGUCGCGGUCGCCACCGGCGAAAAACCCAAGGCGGACUAAUAUACUAGGCCAUGCCGUGGCGGGGGGAGCGGGGGAGGGGAGGGGGGGGGCACUGCCGUGCCUUCCUUUUUUGCUCGAAGCUGAGUUAGCUAGCCUGUUGGUCUGGGAGGUUCCGUGGACUUGCUUGCAUAGCAGCACAGGAAUAGACGAAAAGUGUUUUUUUACUUUUUCUCAGGCAUGUUGUGCGGGAAGGGGGGGGUGGGAUCUGUGAUUUGUCGCUAGAGAGUUGUGGAGAGGUGUGCAUGGGUGUGCGGUUAUCCGUUUCAUUUUUUCGUUCUGUUCGCGAAGACUGGAUUAGUUUUUUUGUAAGGAGUUCCAAAGUUCACUCGCUUUUUUUGUUUUUCUGCGAAGAAUCACGAAACAGAACUGGAAUUGUUCAAAUCCCUCAGAAACCCUUAUACCCGGGAAAAUGGAACAAGCCUUGCAAGGGGUCGGCGGCUCCUUUCUCCUGAACGGGCGAAACGUACAUACGAAGGGCUCCUGUUUGUGUCGAUAGUGUUGCUAUUGCGGCGCGGUGUAUCGUCACGAGCGGAGGGGGUUGUUGCCGAGUUGUAUACGGCAAAUCUUUCAGGCGAAUGUGCCCUCUUGACCCGAGAUGCCGGGAUAACUUUAUCGUGGUAUACAUACGCCGUGAGGAGCCUUGGUCUGAUUACGUGAUUCGUCGUUCUCGCUAUCUUGCGGUAACGGUUCUCGCUCUCACCGUGCUAGAAAGAAAAACACGGGAGUUGGUGAGGACUAGUCUUUUGAGAGUUGCACACUGCAGCAGUAGUGCAUUUGUCUAAUCGGCUCGACGGAGUGAUUUGCUCAACACUUGGGGGUACCCUACCCGAUAUAUACGAUGGCUCUUGGUCGUCAGGGUCAGUCAAGAUAGAGUUUGAUUGAGCAGGUCAUCACUUUUUUGUUGCACUGCUCCAUUUGGCUGCAUCGGGGGGCAACUCCUGCUGCUGACGGUGCUUGUUUCCAAUUUGAACCUUUCAACAAGAUUGGCGUACGAUAAUACCCAUGAAGGAUAUUUUGGCUGUAUCGGGGGCCAACUGCUGCUGCUCACGGUGCUUGUUGCCAAUUUGAACCUUCGAACAAGAUACCCAAGAGUGUUGAUGUUGCCGGUAUAGUGUUUUCCAGCUAGUAUAAGGCCGGGGGUUGACCCGGUCAGACUCUGAAGGUCGCCUUGUCAAGGGUGAGGCGGCACACCGUUUGUGACAAGCAUAUCGUUCGUAAGCAGUACACCUUGUACCGGAUUUGGUCGUGCCGGUCUACGCCAUGAUCCCGCCAUGCAUGUGUCGAUAAGGAUGGAGAGACAUUGUUUUCCUACAUUACCAUCAUAAAACCCGCACUCACGUGGCACUCUUGGUUAGUUCUCUCGCCCAACUUUUUUUUCCCUCAUCAUUGUUAUAUUUUUACUGGUC